GGCAUCAAGACAGCAGCCUUAUUUGUGCUAGCACACUCGGGCCGGCUUGAAGUCGGCCAAUAUAUCGUCGUCUGUUUGCCUUGAUGUACCACCCCAUCAAUGCCUAACUCCAUAUCCUCAGAGAAAUGGAUCGGCCUCCUAGACGAUGACGAGACCCAAGCCUCGUCAUCUUUAUCUUCUCUUCUCGGAAAUGAUGCGCAAAAAGACAUAGAGGCUUCGUCAGAGGAACCAGUUGGGUCGGAUCAGAGAUGGGACAAGCGACUCUUCACCUGGUGUCUGGCUCGGCCCCGGGGCCUUCGACGAAAACUGCGGAGAGGCCCUGGGGGUCUAGCUCUCGCAUUUCUUAAAUACAUCGUUAUAACUCUGUGCAUACUUUUAACCGGAACACCAAUCUUCGCUCCGUCGUACACGAGACUGCCUCAGCAUUACCGAGACUUAGAGUCUCGAUGCCAAGGACCUAUUCGACAAGCGGGAUGUGCUAAUAUUAAUAAUGAGAAAAUUUUUAUUUCUGUUUCUUUAUAUGAUAAAGAAGGCCAUUUGGCGAAUGGUUUCUGGGGGAAGAGUUUGUUGGAGUUAAUACAUUUACUCGGACACGACAAUGUCUUUCUGAGUAUCUACGAGAAUGACAGUGGCCCCCAAGGUGCGGCGGCACUUGAAAGCUUAAAACGGCAACUUAGGUGUAAAAAUUACAUCGUCAACGACCCCCAUGUGCCCUUGUCCGAUUUCCCAACCGUCACACUGCCGGACGAAACCAAGAGAGUGAAGCGUCUGGCCUACUUGUCCGAAAUGCGGAACCGGGCUUUGCGACCACUUGAUCGAUUUGAUCCAAGUAUUGGGACAAUUCAGUAUGACAAGAUACUUUUCCUGAACGACGUUGUAUUUUAUGCGAUGGAGGCGGCGCAUCUUCUUUUUAAUACUAACGUUGAGUCUGACGGCCGCUCGCAUUAUUUGUCGGCGUGUGCUUUGGAUUUCUGGACUCCGUUGAAAUUUUACGAUCUCUAUGUCACUCGCGAUUAUGAAGGUUACUCGGCCGGUUUACCCUUCUUUCCAGUUUUCCUCAAUGCUGGCGAAGGCGUAUCGAGGACAGCCAUACUGAAUCAAGAAGAUGCUAUACCCGUUCAGGCUUGUUGGAGCGGAAUGGUGGCGAUGCAGGCAAAAUAUGUUCAGAACAUGAAUAAGACCUUGCCGAAUACUCACUUUCAGGAUAUCGGUAGCUAUGUUAUCGAUCCCGCAAAGCCGCAUAACGUCACGGCUCCAGUUCGGUUCCGUUAUGAACCCGAACUUUUCUUCGAUGCCUGCGAAUGCUGCUUAUUUCAUGCCGAUGUGGCCCAGGUAGCAAGGAAAGCUGGAGAGAAGGAGAUGGGGAUAUAUAUGAAUCCUUACGUUCGAGUUGCUUAUACGGAAAACACUCUCUCAUGGCUGCCUUUUGUUCGGAGGUUUGAGCGGUUAUUUAGCAUUCCACACGCGUUAUUGUCGCACAUGCUAUCCUUGCCAGCUCAUAACCCAUAUCGCACAGUCCAAGAAGGGGAUGUUUUCACUGAGGAAAUAUGGGUUGGAGAAGGCAAUGCAGGUCAUUGGCAACUUGCACAGCGCGAGGGACGAAAUGGGAUGUUUUGCGGUGUAAGGGAAAUGCAGGCCAUAAAGCUUGACGAACGUGAUGAAGACAAAAACUGGGAAAAUAUUAAAAUCCCUGCGGGCCAGAUAAUGCACUUUCCCACAUAGCAUGGAGAGGUGCAACGGUUAGGUGAGAAGUGGGAUCCUAUGGUGAGUUGGAGAAUAAGGGAAGAGGCCGAGAAAGCUCGCAAGAAGCAGCAACUCAAAUCUUCUUAAGUCUUGCAACACAUCGAAAAGUCAUUGAAAGUCACCCUUGGUGAGAGCAAGGCACUUUCUUUGAAAUCCCGCCAGCUACUGUUGCACCGCAGAGUGUAUUGAUGAAUUGAAUCGGAUCAGGCAUAACCCU